UGUGAGUAUCUAAUGGUGUAUAUGAGUUGUGUUUAGAUUUGCUUGAAAUCUUUUAAAAACAUCGUUAUAAAUAAAUAAAAUAUCCUUGGUAACAUAAUAUUGUGUCAAAACAAAUUCGAACAAUGACCGUGGAAGAAGAAGUACUCAGAAUACAGAAAAAGCUCAGCAAAAUGUCAUCGGGUGACGGCUCAGUAGAACAAGCGCUCGAAUUACUAAAGGAGCUACAAAAUUUGUCAGUAAACUUAGAAAUUCUGACAAAAACUCGAAUUGGAAUGACUGUGAAUGCGUUACGAAAAUCUAGUAAAGACGAUGAAGUAAUCAGUUUGUCAAAAACAUUAAUAAAAAAUUGGAAAAAAUUCUUAUCCGGCCCAACAUCGAAUACUCCAUCAAAAGAAUCUAGUUCAUCAUCAGCGUCGAAAAAUAAAUCAAAAGAUUCAUCAAAAAGUGAUAGCAAACGUGAUAGUGAAGAGAAAGAUCGGAAAAUACAAAACACAUUUCCUGCUUCAAAUACAACUGAUGCAGUGCGAAUUAAAUGUCGAGAAUUGUUAUUAGCUGCUCUGAAAGUUGAUGGUGAGGAUCAUGAAGGCUGCGCGCCACCAGAACAAUUAGCUGAAGAGCUGGAAGAAGCAAUAUUUGCUGAAUUUAAAAAUACAGAUAUGCGUUAUAAAAAUCGUAUUCGAAGUCGUGUUGCUAAUUUAAAAGACGCUAAAAACCCAACGCUAAGAACAAAUUUCAUGGUUGGUGCAAUAACAGCAACACGAUUAGCUACAAUGACUGCAGAAGAAAUGGCAAACGAUGAAAUCAAACAAUUGCGUGAGAAAUUCAAGAAGGAAGCAAUUGAUGAUGCUCAAUUAGCACAAAAUCCUGGUACUAAAACUGAUUUACUUAAGUGUGGUAAAUGUGGUAAACGUAAUUGUACGUAUAAUCAAAUGCAAACACGAAGUUCUGAUGAACCGAUGACUACGUUUGUGCUAUGCAAUGAAUGUGGCAACCGUUGGAAAUUCUGUUAAUUUUUUGUUUUCAUCAUUUCGCAAACAAUAACAAAACAAACUAAAACAGAGUUUACCUCUCGUGAUUUUGAUUAUAUAUCUGAUUCAAAUAUUACUAUUGGAUAUAUAAAUCGUAACAUAUUUAUUGAUUUGCUUAAAAAUAAAUUGAUCAUUAUAUAUUUAAUCUGAUUGGAUAAAAGAUGAGUAAAGUAUGACUCCAAGAUUGGAGAUGGCCACAAUUUCUAUUAGAAUAUCUAUCUUCUACAAAUCUACUCAUUCAUUAUAUUUUUUCGUUCUAUAUUAACUCAAAUAUAAUUCGAUUUGCAUGUCUAAAUAUUUAAAUAAAAUACUCUUUAAAACAAUUUAUAUUUAACGUCAUAAUGUAUGGCGUAACAUUGAAUGAAUUAUGUAUUGACUUUGUCUUAUAAAAAUAUAGUAAAUAUCCCACAGUGAAUAAAUGUGUAGAACAGAAAUAUGUAAACAUGAAAUAUUUCCUUUUUCUAUUUCAUGGUGUCAUUACUUUCUUAGCCUGUUCAUUUUCCAAUCGUUUCGGCAAAUAUUACGGAGUUUUUUUUUUAUUAAAAAAGUGUUCCCAAAUUAGCAAUGACUAACAUAUCUCUCUGAAUAAUAAUUUCGGUUAGCUAAUCCAUAAUAAUUCAAAAAAUGAUUCAGGCAUGGGGAUGAAUUUCAAAAUUUUAUUUUAAAUA